AAAACACUUGUGUACGCUUGUUUAGCAUUAGAAUAUUAUAAUGCCGUGGCACAUUUGUCGGCGCGUUAAUUAAAAUAAAUCCCAUGUUGUACACGGCUCCGUCUGUUAUAAAAAGCGACCGGAUUAUUAAACAGGAAGUGACUUUUAUUCGAAAAUUAUAUGUACGCAUGAACGUGCACGAUAGUGCUGCAGAGGGGUAAAGAAACUGCCGUUGCAAAGUAUAUUUUCGACACCGGUACACCGGUUAAAUUAUUAUCGGUCCCGGGGUUUCCUAGGAGCUUCUGGGUUUUCAAAUUACCGUUAAAUUUCGGUGGAGUUUGUUGCCCAAUACCCAAUAGCAUAUACCACGAGGAUACUUUGUGAAAAUGCUGGGAAAAUGUCUGCUGCAUUUUGCACCGGCGGCGAUAAUGGUACUAUGUGUGUCGAUGUACCCGAUUGUGCUGGGUGCCGAUAACAACACCGCGACCGUCGAAGCAGUUAACGGCACGGUACCCGACAUCAUCGAUCCGGUCUUCAAUGCCUCCGACACCCUAAACGCCUCCGCCCUGGUUUUCCACAACACCUCCCAGCUUGACCUUUCUACCUCCACCCGGCGCCCGCCACCGCCGUUUUUCCACGUGAACAUGACCGUUAACUCCGUGUACACCUUCGAAUGUGUCACCGCGGAGUUCCCCAUGGUGUGGAUCCUCGGCGGCAGCGGUUACCAUUUCGUGGACCAUCCCCAGCAAAAUAUGUCCCGCUGCCGGCUGACCUACGUGCGCGGCUGCCCCUUCAGUCUGAUCAUCUCGCACCGCUGCACCGGGAUGAUGCACAACUGUACGAUCCGCGUGGAGCCGCCGGAUGAAUACGAGCAGUGCGAGGCGGAUGUCUUCUCCAUCACGUACCAGUGCGUCCCGGCGCCGACCGCUGAGUUCCCACUGCAGCCUUAUGUCGUCAUCCCCAUGGUCCGGAAACCGGACGACCCCUGUGAUCUGUAUUAUCAGCGCAAGAAUGGACAGCUUAACGCGACCUGGGAUGCCGUUGCGGAGUGACCUUUCUGUUGCACAGCGCUUAUAUUCUGUGAUAGUCGUUCAAAUCUUUCUAUGUGUAAUUGCAAUGCUUGCAGCUGGAUAAAAUGUAUGUGGAUCAGUAAUAAUGCUCUGUAAAUAUACAAUAUCAAUACGUGCAAGUCAGCAUUUGAUUAUCACUAUGUAUUUGUUUGAUAUAAUAAUGUACUGUACGUUGGAUGCCGUUUACGCUAACUAGCUCAUGUUGCAUGAUAUCAUU